GGCACAUGAAACCGAAGGGAAUAUAUACUAUACCGAUUACCGGACACUUCCAAGCUUUACACCGUCAACCAUUCCCAUGAGAGCUAAUCCUCCUCCUCACCCUCCCAAGCCGGGCCCUACACCGCCCGACGAAGAUCCGGAGCUGGCCCGGCCCACAUCUGGCGUGUUGGGUCUAUCCGUGGGCGGCGGGUUACGGAAGAAGGGGACGGGGGUGCGGCCAUGGCUGCUAGUAGACUCGACGGGGCAGGCCCAGGUGGUGGAGGCCGGAAAACACGCAAUCAUGCGGCGGACGGGGCUGCCGGCGCGUGAUCUCCGGAUUCUCGACCCGCUUCUGUCGUACCCGUCGACAGUGCUGGGGCGUGAGAGGGCGAUCGUCAUAAACCUUGAGCACAUCAAGGCCAUAAUCACCGCCCAAGAGGUCCUCCUCCUCAACUCCAGAGACCCCUCCGUCACCCCCUUCGUCGACGAGCUUCAGCGCCGCCUCACGCGCCACCAUCAAGCCACCAAAGCCCGGGAGGGCAAUGGUGAUGAUUCAAACUGGAAAGAUCUGUAUGACAUGGAAGAACCACAAUCAAGUGGAUAUAGCCCUCAAAAUUCUGGUGGAGGGUUUCCGGUUCCGCAGUUUCAGGACCGGGAUGUGGAAGGCAAGGGGGAAGGGAAAGAAGGUCUUCAAAAUCAAGAUGGACUCAAGAUUUUGCCAUUCGAGUUUGUGGCGCUGGAGGCAUGCCUUGAGGCAGCCUGUAGUGUCUUAGAAAAUGAAGCAAGGACGCUGGAGCUAGAAGCUCAUCCUGCCUUAGAUAAGCUGACUUCAAAAAUUAGUACUCUCAAUUUGGAACGCGUUCGUCAAAUUAAGAGCCGCUUGGUUGCAAUAACUGGACGUGUGCAAAAGGUGAGGGACGAACUUGAGCAUUUGCUAGAUGAUGAUGAGGAUAUGGCGGAGAUGUAUCUGACUGACAAGUUGGUCCAGCAACAGCUUGAGAAUUCCUCUACCUCUUCUAUGAAUGAGAGAGAUGAAAUGGAUGAUGAAGUUCUUCGAUCAGACAUGGAUGAAAGGGUCCCGACUGAAAUCACAACCUAUGAAGGUGAUCUUCAAAACUCUGAUAACCCCCAGAAUCACUUGUUUGGAGCACCUAAUGUUCUUAGUAGGGACAGCCACGGGACCCAUACUAGUACAACUCAUAGUGCCAUAAGCAAAAACCUUGAUGUGGAGGAGCUUGAAAUGCUUUUAGAGGCUUACUUUGUGCAAAUUGAUGGUACACUAAACAAACUAUCCACGUUGAGAGAGUACGUAGAUGACACGGAGGAUUAUAUCAACAUAAUGCUGGAUGACAAGCAGAACCAUCUCCUGCAAAUGGGGGUCAUGUUGACAACAGCAACUCUUGUGGUGAGUGCCUUUGUCGUCGUGGCUGGUAUCUUCGGCAUGAACAUCCACAUUGAGCUCUUCGACGAAACGAAAGCUGGUAUGCCAGAAUUCUUGUGGACUAUUGGUGGCGGUACCACUGGGUGCAUUUUCUUAUACGUCCUUGCUAUUGCCUGGUGUAAGCACAAACGCUUACUGGAGUAAUGAAAGGACUGACCAACUUUGUACAACCAUGAGACGCAAUUCAAUUGAAGUGUGUGAAUUGUGAUAUAUUUGUCCUGCAUGCUUUGUGUGGACACAAAAAAAAUCUUCCUGUAUGUGACUUGUGGCUAUUACCAUCUCGCAAAUUUCGUAAUUUGAAUAUACUAAUCGUGCUAUUUUCUUUUUC